AUGAGUUACUUUUAUAAUUUCAAUCAAGGAGAUGGGUUUGCAAACAAUACAUCCAUGGGUACACAGGAUCAAUCUGCGUUUCAAAAUCAGAACCAGAAUCAGGUUCAGAACCAGAGCCAGGGGAAAGCCCAUACACAAUUUGGGAGUGGUCAAACCUACAUAGCCAGUUCAAUGCUAAAUGGGAUGAGUGGGUCAAGCUAUAGUGGUAACUAUGAGAAGAACGUAAACUCUCCUCAAGAUGCUUCAGCUUAUGCUAAUUAUUUUCAACCUUUACAAAAUGCAUUCAAUUCCAGUCCAGGGUUUCAAACGGUUACACAAAAUAAUUUGGCUACAGAUUACUCUUACUCACAUGCCAAUUCUAACGGAAACAACCAAAUAGCCAGUAGUGGAAGUACUGAUACAACGACUACUGAUACAACAGCUUACAAUGUUUCUACUAAUAAUGAUAGGUUUCCUAAAAUGACUUCUGAUUUAACUCAUAUGACAUCACAACAAAGCCGCUACCCUAAUACAACAAGUGAUAAAGGCGUCGACGAUCAGUUAUUCACGUCUAGAUAUAACAGUAUGGGGACAUUGACGAGUACUUCCACGAUUAGUUCAAUUCCGGCAAAACAGGAUAAUGCGUCAUAUCUAGGACAAGUCAACUAUAAUGGUAUACCAAGCAAUAGAAAUUAUACAGCCAGUAGCACAACUCAUAGUGCGAUGUUGGGAAAUUCAUUCACUUCUGAUGCUGUCACGGGCUAUUAUUAUCCAACAAACAGGGAAACCAAUAAGCAAGGACUAAUAAAUUCAACAAAGUUACCUUCUAGGUACUCAGGCAGUGAUAAUGGACAAGUCUACAAUAAUGCUACUACCUUUGAUGCCACACAAUCCAGUCAACCAUCCAAUUGCAGUGCUACUGUCAACCCAAAGGAACCGAAAGAAUCUUCUGGAGAAAUUGAUACACUGAAAUACGAUAUUCAAGUAAAAGAUGCUCAACUUCAAUCUCUUCAGAGGGAAUUAACAAGAUUGAAAAGUGCUAUUUCAGUAGCAGUAGAUAAUACAAAGGAUAUUUCUAGCAAAACAGCCGAUAAAGAAGAGCAUAUUACAACAAAAGAAAUAGAUGUCCCAAACAGUCUGGAUAUAAUCUUUCGAAAGCUAUCUUCAGCUUUACAAAAGAGAGAAAAAGAAUUAGAUGAAACAAAGACUAAUUUAGAGAGUGUCCUAGCCGCCAUGGCGCUAAAUCCCUCUAAUAGCUCAACAAAGUUUGGUAGAUAUGAUCCAGAGAAUUUAGCUCACAAAACUGUUGUAAGGCUAGAAACUUUAACGAAGGAAAACCAGGAAAUGGCUAGAAUGUUAUCAUUUGGUAGGGCUAAAGAAAAGCAUAUAGCUCUUGAACUUUUGAAGAAAGAAAAUAAGGACCUAAAAACCCAAAUUAUUCAAUUGAAAGAGAAGCUAGGGAAAGAUAAAGUUUGA